CCCUUCCCUCAGCCCUGCCCCGACCGCCCUUUCCUUGCACUGGCUGAGGUGGCAACGGCGAAAAGGGGGAGGGAAGGCAGGCGGGAAGAAAGGCGGGGCGGCGGCGUGGGCCGCCUCCGGCAGGGCCGGGCUAAGAGGCUUCCCUGGGCUGGUCUGGCUGGUCUGGGCCUGACGGGGCAGGCAGAGCCGACGGGCGACGAGCGGGCUGGCGGCUGGUUCCCUCUCGCCCCCCGCCUCAGGUGCCUGAUGGCCGCCGACGUGUUCAUGCGGCUCGGCCAGUUCCCCGGGCUGGAGGCGCCCUCGUCGUCUGUGGCGUCCCUCUCGCGGCGGGCGGCGGCGGCGGUCGAGGACUCCUCGUCGGAGGACAGCGAGGACGAGGCAGAGAGCGCUCCGUCGGCCGCGGGGGCGCCGUGCGGGCGUUGUGGCGCGGGCCCCGGCGGCGGGCGUCGUCGUGCGAGCGACGGAGCGGGGCCGGAGGCGGCGGCUGGGGGCAAGCGGGCCGCCGGCGCGCCUCAGAUCAUCCACUCGGGCCACUUCAUGGUGUCGUCGCCGCACAGCGAGCACCCGCCCAAGAAGGGCUACGACUUCGACACCGUCAACGAGCAGACCUGCCAGACCUACCGCUUCGGCCCGGCGGGCGCCGAGGACGGCGGAGGGUUGGCGGGCGAUGGUGGCGGGCGCCUUAACAUCGACGCCUCGCUCACCAAGCUCUUCGAGUGCAUGACCCUGGCCUACAGCGGCAAGUUGGUUUCUCCAAAGUGGAAGAAUUUCAAAGGCCUGAAGCUUCAGUGCAGGGAUAAAAUCCGGCUCAACAACGCCAUCUGGAGGGCCUGGUACAUUCAGUAUCUGGAGAAGCGAAAGAACCCCGUGUGCCAUUUUGUGACUCCCUUGGACGGUUCUGUGGAGGUAGAUGAGCACCGGCGUCCCGAGGCUAUUGCAACAGAAGGAAAGUACUGGAAACGGCGGAUAGAAAUAGUCAUCCGAGAGUAUCACAAGUGGAGAACCUACUUCAAGAAAAGGUUGCAGAAACAUAAAGAUGAAGACCUUUCCAGCUUGGUCCGGGAUGACGACACGUUCCUCUGGCAUAAAGAAACAUACGGCAGAGAAACGCCGGUCCCUAUGGAACUGGACAGCCUCUUCAGCACAGACAUGCUUAUGUCGGAGUUGCCGGACACCCUCUUCUCCACCCUCUCUUCUCACCAGCCGGUCUCUUGGCCAAAUCCCAGAGAGAUAGCACACUUAGGAAAUGCCGACAUGAUUCAGCCAGGACUUAGCCCUCUGCAGCCAAACUGCAUGGAUACUUUUGAGUUUUUUCAAGAUCUUUUCUGCUCCAGUCGUUCCAGUAAUUACUUCAAUGUCAUCCCCACCACUCCUCCUGCCAAUUCUGCCCUGGCAGAUGCCUGCAGCCAUUCUUCCCAGACAUCGAAUCUUUCUUCAGGCUCUUUGCCCAACUCACUCCCCCCAGUGAACCUCAGUGAAGGGCUUGUCACGCCCCCAGUGCCUGCCCCCAUCAUUCCUACCAUAGCAGAUGUUGGUGCUGGCCAGUGCCUUGGCCCAAGGAGCGGGGGUGACUCCUUCCUGCAGCCACCCGCCUUCAGUUCCGAGCCCUCUCUGGGUGCUCAGCCACAGUUCCUGCCUCCCUUCCCGGCUCUGGUGCCGCUCCUUCAGCCGGGCGUCCCUGCCCUGCCACUCCAGCCAGGGCAGACUCCCCUGCCUCUGAAUGCCAGCAUGGCCUCCCAGGUGCCUGUCUUUGCCCCUCCCGAGGCCCCGGCGUUUGAGCUCUGCAAGUCUUCGGUGAUCACCCACACCGCCUCUGCCACUCCGACGCACAGCGUUCCCGCCACCACCUUCAGCCAUGGCCAGACUGGCCUCCUAGCAGCUCAGCAGCCAGGAGGAGUGCCUUGCAACCUGGCCCUCCAGACUGUGGUUCCACAGAGGCAGCUGCUACUGCAGCCACACCCAACCUUUGCACUCCCUGUGACCAGUGCCAGGAUGAGGUCCAAGAAGCCACAAAAGAUAGUGCCUGCUCCAAAGCUGGAAACGGUCUCCUUGGUGUUGAAAAAUGCUGUCAUUGCCCCAGCUGCCUUUCAGGGACAGUCCAGAGCUGUGAUUGUAACUCCAGCACCACUGAAAAGAGAUGGGCUUUUGGCCCCGCGGAUGUCCCAGCCCAAUGUUGUCAUUGCACCGUCUGGAAUGGCCAGAGCGCCCCGAGCAACAGAAUUCCACAGCAGUAUUCUGCUCAGCAGCCCAGGCCAGCAAUCUCCAAGUCCCCAGCCGGUCCCAGCUGCUGUUCCACAUCUUUUUUCUCCUAGCGAAAUCCAGAAAGUGCUGGUGAAAGGCGAGCAGGCCCCUUCCCACAAGACCUGCUCCCAGGUCUCCUCGCCUUCACCCAGCAGGGACUGUCAGGUGUCGCCAUGUCCUUCGGAACUCAGCCAAAGCCCUCAGUCCCCACAGAACAGCUGCUCAGGGAAAACUGCAACCGAUUCUCAGAUGUCUGAUUUUAAGAGUCGCAGGAUGAAGCAUAUUUCAGCAGAACAGAAGCGACGGUUUAACAUCAAGAUCGGCUUUAGCACCCUAAACAGCUUGGUGUCAGCAAACUCUAAAUCGAUCAGCCAUGCCCUCACCCUCCAGAAGACAGUGGAAUACAUCGCUAAGCUUCAGCAGGAGAGAUCCCAGACGCAAGAGGAAGCGAAGCGCCUCCGGGAAGAGAUUGAGGAUCUGAAUGCUACCAUCAUAUCUUGUCAGCAACAGCUUCCUACUACGGGUGUUCCCAUCACUCGGCAGCGUUUUGAUCAGAUGCGGAGUAUGUUCGAGGAGUACGUCAGAAGCAGAACCCUGCAGAAUUGGAAGUUCUGGAUUUUCAGCAUCAUAAUUAAACCCUUGUUUGAAACAUUCAAUGGAAUGGUGUCCACAACCAGCUUAGAAGAGCUGAACCAGUCGGUGUUGGCGUGGGUGGACCAGCACUGCUCCCUGCCCGUCCUGAGGCGGAUGGUUUUGAGCCCUCUUCGGCAGUUCAGUACAACCACCUCCAUUCUCUCUGACCCGUCGCGCUUGCCAGAACAAGCCACUGAGGCAGUGAGUAAGCUCAACAAAACAGAAACCUAACCAAAGACAACAGUGUGAGCUCCUCAAGCCACAAUGAACAUCCAAGCCUUACCAAGACCUAGAGACUUCCUUGUGGUCGAUUCAGCUUCCAGCACAUGGACCAUGGGGUGGGGUGGUGAGCGAGGAGCCAAGGGACAAUUGUUUCAUGCUGUGCUUGGGUUUGGUCAAACGGGAAACCCAACUCAGGUAAAAUAUGCAGGGUGAGAGACCUGCACUCAGCAAUAGAAGCAACUCCGUCAAUGCAACAUACAACAUAUCAAAAUAUAUGCAGCGCUAAUAAUUUUCUGCAACCUGACCUCAGGCACCAAGGCUCAGAGGGGGACGUAGAGGGCAUGAGGAGCCAUGUGUCUAAAGUACUUCUGGCUUUGAUAAUUUUUUUUGUUAUUACUGGGUUUUUGCUCUUUACUGUUCAAACCUUAAAAGCUGAAGUCCAGGAACCAAAGACCUGUGCAUUUGCACAAUGGUUUAGCAGGUUUUCCCCCCCACCAUAGCGAAGGGCAGACCACUUUUGAAACUGAGUUGACCUAUGCAUCCUGUUGAGGCAUCUGAGUAAGAACAGGACCCUAAGCUAGAUGGGCCAUUGGCCUGAUCCAGCAGAGAUCUUCUGAAAGGGGGGCUUGCCUCCCAUCAGGCAGUUAGGUGUAUCAGAAGUAGCUCUUGGGAUCCUGACCAAUGACUAGAAUGAGAAAUACAUUCAUAACCAAUGGAGGAAGUAGAAAUGUUUUGUGACGGUACAAAAAAUUUGGCUGAGUUUUAUUAUUACAAAAUCAGCUCUAGUUUUACAACCUUUGGGAAGCCAAUAAAUGUUAACUUACCCACCCCCCUUCCACUGCUGACUUCAAGUGGCUAGGUCAGGAAAAGUUUCUCUCUAAGAUGUACAUUCUAUUCUUAAACAGAGAUCUUUUCACCCUUUUGCUAGUUUAAGCACUAGAACAGCCAGUCCAUUUCAAAUGGCUUACAAACAAGUUGACAAAGGUUACUAGCCCUCAAACAAAAGUUCAGUAGCCUGCCCACCAGUACAUGCCUAUAGUGGCAUGCUGAUGGCUUUGGAGAAAAAGCUUAACUCUUCCAAAAAAAAAAAAAGCAAAGCUUUCCUACAUAGUUACUCACCUUCCCACUGGUGAAUGAUGGCUGUUUACAAGUCUGUGCUGCAAAGCACUUGAUUGAAAAUCUACAUAAUGCUUGACUGAGUGCCACAAGAGAGAUGUGGACUAGUUUUUUCACAUUAGGGUAAUAUGUUCUAGAAACAGGAUAAGUUCAAUCUAUUAAAGAGUCACUUCUUGUUAUUACCACCCUGCUCAGCCAUAAUGCGCUCAGUCCAUUAAGCAGGGAAUCACUUCAAGCUCUGGUUAACAUUAAUCAAGAUUUAAGGCCAGCAGAGGGAAUUUGUAAAUGAGAUGCAGGUGUUUUGGUGGCAGUGUCCUACAGCCUCCCAUCAGCCAUUGCGCCUGCUGGGAGUUGUAGUCCAAAACAUCUGGAGGAUACGAGGCAGAUCUAUAUCAUCCUUCUGUUUCUCAAAUACUUGCUCAAGAAGCCAAGUAAUUAGGGCUUUCACUCAAUUUAAAAAAAUCCUUAGUUGAUAAAUUGUCUUUGGUUUAACCAGUUGAACUGAUUCAAUUUGUAUACGAGUAAACCUGUAGAUGGGGAAAAAGCAUACAUUGUUUUUAGAUGAUGCCUGUGUCAUCUUAUUGGAGGUAUCCCCUCCUAUGUAUGAGGAGAAAGAGAAACACCUCUUAAGAUGGUGCGUGCCAUCUGCAUGUUUUAUCAUGUAUAAUGUAUUGACUGGUCCAUGACCGAAAUAAAUUCAUUCUAUUCUA